AAUUUAAAUAUUAAAAAUGAAUAACAAAUGUGGAUCUGGGCGACCACUAAGAAAAAGAACACAUAAUAUUAUAACUAGACAUCAAAGCCAAAGAUAUGCUGGACAACCAAAUGAACUACCUGUUAGUGACCUCCCAACAUAUAAACAGAUUAUUCAAUAUGCCUAUAAGGUCGAAAAUGAAAUAACUACAACUGAAAAAAUUGACUCUCCAGCCGUAGUUUUAAAAGUGAGUGAAGAAAUUUUAAAAAUUUGGAAAAACGUUAAUCCAAAUCUUCCACUAGUGAAAGAGAAACCUCUAAGAAAUAAGGUACAUAGAACAUUUCAAAAAGUAAUUGCAGCUGAACGAUCUAAAGCUUCAAAACAUAAAAAUAGUGUUUGUUGGUUGGAAAAUAACCUUUUAAAGUUAUUUGAUAUAUCAGCAUGUUGAUGUGAACUUCCUCUUUUAAUUUGUGAUGACAGAAAUGUUCGAUGCAAGGGUUGCUCUAACAAGCACUAUGUAUGUCUCUGUGAAAAAAGUAAACAGGUUCCAGUUCUAGAACAAGAGUAUUUAAAGGACCAGAAAGUUAAGCAAGGGCCCUUUGGAACCUGGCAGAUAGGCCGAAUUGAUAAGAAAGAAACAGCCAUGACUGCAAGAAAAAGAAAUAAGGAGAAAAUUAAUAUGAAGUGACACCACUCCAUUCAGAUAAUGAUUAUAUUAGUGAAACUGAUAUGGAAAUAGAUAACGAUGAUGAUUAUAAAAAGCAGAAUCGUGAGUUUUUUGCAAAACCACUGUGUGAAAAAAAUUACACAGAUUUAACUAACAUUGCCAAAGCUGCCAUUAGGUUCCAAGUUAGUGAUGCUGCAACAUCUGCCAUAGCAACUGCUACCUUGAUAGACUAUCAAAUUAUAACUCAGAAUGACAGAUCACAAAUUAUCACUGAAAAAAAGAUAUUUUACACUAAAAAGCGUGUUUCAACCAUGUUUAGUGAAAAACACUGUUCAGAAGUUUUCCAUUUGAAAGUCAUUGGAGUAGAUAGUAAAAAAGACAAAAAUACAUUAGCACAUAUAUUAGGAUAUGAUCAUAAUGCUGAACCUAUUGUUAAUAGAACAGUAAAGGAUGAACAUCACUUAACUUUUACUGCAGAAAGUGGACCUUUUUCUAAGAAAUAUUUAACUCAUAUUGAAAUAAAAAAUGGAACAGGAAUUACAAUGGCAACCGAAACACUAAAAAUACUUGAAAAAUACAACAGCAUUAGUAGUUUGGAAGCCAUUGUUCUUGAUAAUACUUCUGCUAAUACCGGUGCAGAUAAUGGCUUAGUUGUGACAUUAGAAAAGCUUUUAAAUCGAGGAAUCCAUUUUAUAGGAUGUGUACUUCAUCAAAACGAGUUACCACUUCGCCAUGUUAUAGCUGAAGUAGAUGGUAAAAGUAACAAUCCAAAGAAAUAUAAGGGCCCUAUUGGUCAAAAAGCUUCUGCAGAUGAUUUGCAUGAUUUACCAAUAGUUGAUUUUAUUCCAAUUCAAUCAGAGAUUGAUUCAUAUGUAAACUCUAAUAUUUUAUCUGAUCUUAGCACAGAUCAACGUAAUCUUUACGAAUACUGUAUUGGAAUAUCUAGAGGUUUUAUAUCCCCAAAAUAUUCAAUGAAAAAACCAGGACCUGUUUACCAUGCCAGAUGGCUAACUCUAGCUUUAAGGAUAAUGAUGGUUUAUGCGAGAGUGAAGAAUCCUACAGAUGAGUUGUGCAUAAUUACAAAGUAUAUUGUCCAAGUAUAUUGCCCCGUGUGGUUUGCCCAUAAAAAGUCUGGUCUUUAUAAAGAUGCUCCAAGACUUCUUCAUAAAACAAUAGAGUUUGUUAAAAAUCAAACAGACAAUGUACAACAAAUUGUUUUUCAAAAUCUUCAAGGAAACUCUUAUUGCUGUCUUCAAGAAAACUUUUUAUAUUCUAUGUUGCAAGAUGAUGAAAAAGAUAUAAGAGCUCAAGCUAUUAAGCAAAUUUUGUCAGGCAUUCAAGAGAAGUAAAUCCUGAAGUUAAACCAAAAAUCAAAGCAAAAUCAAUUAUGCCUAUUAACUUUAACGCUGAUACAUGGAGUGGUUUAGUUGAUGUUUCUUUAAUUGAGGUCAAACCUCCAACUUCUAUCCUAAUUUCAUCAUUUGAAUUAGAGAAUGCUUUGCAAACUUCUAAAAAGCCUAUUCUUACAGAUUUACCCAACAAUUCACAAUCAGUGGAAAGGUCUGUGAAACUUUUAUCAGAGGCAUCAAAGAUAGUUUAUGGUCAAAUAAAGAGACACAACUUUAUCUUAACUAAAAAUCAAAGCAGAGCAGAAAAUAAAUGUAAUUUAUCUAAAACUGAUUACUUUAUACCUUUUUCUUGAAAAA